GGACCACAUGUUGGGUUGAUGUGAGAGGCACGCAUCAUCAGUGGCUCAUUCUCCAGCUCUGGUUUUCGGGGUGUCUGCAAACAGGAAAACUCUUUCAGAUUAAGCGCUGUAAAGUUGCCUCCUCCGAAUCACAAUCCAUCUGCUCAAGGAGCUCUAAACAUCCGUGUACGACAACCGGAGUGUGGAAAACAGAAGGCUCUUAAAGGUGACUGUGAACAUGUUGUUGAUCUCAAACUGGAAUGUUUUGCCUUGCGCAGACUUGGAGUGCAAUGCUUUAUAUGGACUUUGGGUUCCACAAAUAAAUUGAUGUCGCGCUUGAAAAAAUUGUGCAUUAAUGGCCCUGAAUGGGACGACUGCUGAACUCGGGUCGUCUGGGAUAUCAGCUGAGAUUUCAAAAGACAAAAGCGCAGAACAUUGGCUCAUGGAGCAGGAGGUGUCUUUGGGUAAUGCAGUUCUCAAUAACUCCAUGGAUUGCAAUGGUAGUGAAGACAGAAACAGGUCAGACUCGUUGACCUCUGAGUAUGUCCAGAAGAACUGGGUGGCACUUUUGAUUUCGCUGGUCAUAAUCAUCACAGUGACGGGUAACAUCCUGGUCAUCAUGGCGGUGAGCUUGGAGAGGAAGUUACAGAAUGCAACAAAUUACUUCUUGAGGUCUUUAGCCGUCACAGACAUGCUUUUGGGUAUACUUGUAAUGCCGGUAGCCAUGGUGACGAUCGUCUAUGGUUACACCUGGCCACUUCCCUGGGCCCUAUGUCCAAUCUGGAUCUACCUGGAUGUUCUCUUCUCCACCGCCUCCAUCAUGCACCUGUGCGCCAUCUCUCUGGACCGAUACAUCGCCAUCCGUAACCCCAUCCACCACAGCCGCUCAAACUCUCUAACCAGAGCCCGUGUCAAAAUUAUAGCAGCCUGGACCAUCUCUGUGGUUAUCUCCAUGCCUGUUCCAGUCCUCGGCCUGCACGAUCACAACAAAGUCUUCCGGAAUGAAAGCUGCCAACUGAUGGACAACAAUUUUGUUUUGAUUGGUUCUUUUGUGGCGUUCUUCAUCCCGCUCAUCAUCAUGGUUGUCACCUACAUUCUCACUAUCAGUGCUCUGCAAAGCGAAGCAACUUUGUGCCUGGACCAACUCAUCGUACGACCAAAAUGGUCGUCCACUAUUGGAUUCCUACCACGUGGUUCGCUGUCCUCCGAGCGUCUCUUCUCGCGCUCGUCUCUCUGCCGCGACGGGGCUUCCAGAGGAUCUGGCCGUCGCUCCGUACAGUCCAUCAGCAACGAGCAGAAGGCGUCUAAAGUGCUUGGUGUGGUCUUCCUUCUCUUUGUGAUCAUGUGGUGUCCAUUUUUCGUGACAAACGUGAUGGCGGUGGUGUGCGGUUCGGCGUGUGAUGAAGAUUUGGUUGGGGGACUGAUGAAUGUGUUUGUUUGGGUGGGUUAUCUGUCAUCGGCGGUCAACCCUUUUAUCUACACGCUCUUUAAUAAGACUUACCGUGCCGCUUUCGCCCGGUACAUGCGGUGCCGCUACCGUGAGGAGAGGAGGCCUCUGCAGCUGAUCCUGGUCAACACCAUCCCUCCUCUGGUGUACAGCUCCUCUGGGCUUCCCCUGAAGGUGGAGAACUCAUUAAAGAGGAGGGCAGAGGGCAGCCGGUCUGGGAGCUUUUCCAACACAGACAGGUCAAACUCUGGAAACACACAAAACAAGCAGGAAAGGGAAGAGGUAGUAAGCCAUCUGUGAGACUCCAGAGAGUUUUUAAUUAUGGUUCACAUCAACAGACCUUAGAGACCGUCUUUGUAGGUGUAUAAGCUUGAAAAAUGAAGUCUUUUAUUUUAAUGUGUGUCCACCUGUGCAGCACUACACAGUCAGCAGAUGAUACUACCUAUGGCUCACAGCCAAAAGAGAGGACAGAUGCUUUAAAAUUAUUUAAACUGAAAAAUAAUCCAUCCCCUCUGAGUCUAUAUAUUGCAAGUGGAUAGGUCCCUUAAAGUUGGCGCUCUAAAAAUCAUGAAAAAACACAAGGCUUAGUUCAUGCAAACUCAGUUGAUGAAUCAGUAUCUUAAACUUUCUAUUUUGCUACAACUGUAAACUGAAAGCAUCUGUUCUGCUUCGGGUGUAUACGGGUAUGAAGGUGUUCAUGGCAAAAAUGACUAGGAAACGAUGGUGGACGGAAGAUUAUGUUUUCAAGCAAAGUGUAAAAAAAAGGUAAAACUGCUUCUUAAAACAGAGAAGUUGAACAUGUUUGUUUUCUUGGCAAAAACAUGCAAGCAAUGUCACCAACAGUGUAUCAUUUUCUUGUUUUCAUUUUGAAAAACCUGUUGUCUGUUUACCUGAUGUUACGCUACCAAAGCUUUUUUUUAAUUAGUUUUUAUUUAUUUAUUUGAUUCCACAGUGUUUGCUAAAUUAUCUGUAAUUUAUUAGUUUAUUUAUAAAACAGCAUGUGGUGUAGGCUAUGCUAUGCCUUACUGAAAAAAACAGCAUAUGCUGGUUAGGUAUGUUUUGAAGCAUGACUGCUGGUUUGAGCUGGUUUAAGCAGCCAUGCUUCAAAACAUACCUAACCAGCAUAUGCUGUUUUUUUCAACAGGCUCUUAUUUGUUUUUGUUAAUAAGCGU